AAAGGUGCCCAGCUGGGCAAAUUUGUGGCCAUCGAUUGUGAGAUGGUGGGUGUCGGUCGCGACGGUGUUGAUUCUGCGCUGGCCCGUGUGAGUAUCGUGAACUACAAUGGUGCGGUCCUGAUGGAUAAAUAUGUCCAGCCUCAGGAACGUGUUACGGAUUAUCGUACACAUGUGAGUGGUAUUGAGCCCAAGCAUCUUGGAGAAGGAGCCAUUACAUUCAAAGAGGCACAAGCUGAGGUGGCCGAUAUCAUCAAAGGGCGUGUGCUUAUUGGUCAUGCUGUCAACAACGAUCUAAAGGCUUUGAUGCUGGACCAUCCAGCCCUUUUCUUACGUGACACAUCUCGAUAUAAGCCGUUCCGUAAAUUGGCAUCUGGUCGUACACCUAGUCUGAAGACAUUGGUCCAAAAAGUGCUCGAGUUUAACAUUCAGUCCGGAAGCCAUUCUUCGGUUGAAGAUGCUCGGUUCACAAUGCUGUUGUACAGAAAGGUCAAGGAUGAGUGGGAGAAA